AGCAUGUCUUGGGUUGGGGAGAUUACUGGACAUGAUAACAACCGCACAGUGCCGUAUGGAUGGAUGGGCUGAAGGAAUGAAAGAGAACCCCCAAGGGGAGGCUCUAGGAGGAAAGACCAGCCCUCAGUCACUCUCACUGAGACUGGAUUGGCCCAGGAAUAAAGAAGUUCUUGCAGCUCUCUUCUGAUGUCAAAGUAAUGAGGCAGUUAGUGAAUGUGUCUGUGGGAGACCCUGUUAAUGCCAGCAAAGAGACUGGUGCCUGAUCCAGCCACAAGCCAGGGGAAAUGAAACCAUGCCUGCUUGGGGUGAUAUUUCCUUUCUCUGAAAUGAGAAACCUCAUGAUACGAGCACGGGCUCUGCAGCGUCCAAAUCUCCUGUGUCUGCAAGUGCUGCCAAGCGCCGUGGUCUCUCAUCUGUGGGUUUGAGCCGGUGGAAGGAAAUAAAUACCAUGAUCACCAUCCUCACUGUCCUGUUCUGCAUUGGAAAUACUCCUCCAGGCUUGAGUCUGAGUCCCAGCACUACCAUAGUGCAGAAAGAGCUCUAUGCAGGACGAUAUCACUGUUACUAUGAGAGCCCUGCUGGUUCUUCAGAGCACAGUGACAUGCUGGAGCUGGUGGUGACAGAUGUCUAUAGUAAACCUAGCCUGUCAGCCCUGCCCAGUUCUGUGGUGACCCCAGGAGAGAACGUAACCUUUCAGUGCGUCUCAUGGUUGGGGUUUGAAACCUUCAUUCUGACUGAGGAGGGAGAAAACAAGCUCUCCUGGACGGGUGACUCACAGAGACAUCCAAAUGGGCACAUGCAGGCGCUUUUUCCGAUGGGUCCCGUAAGCCCCGGCCACAGGCGGAAGUUCAGGUGUUACGGGUAUGACAACAGCAAUGCCCAAGUAUGGUCAGCACCUAGUGAACCCCUGGAGCUCAUAAUCUCAGGAGGUGUGGUGGCUGUGUGUUGCCUGACAGGAAAUUCUUCUGUUAUCCUGCCAGGAAUGGUUGAGACCAACAGCUCAUCACCAAACAUGUCAGACCCCAAAACAGGAAAAGUAUUUAACACACAUCCUCUCUCCAGUGGAUUUCGCAUUUGUGAUGUACAGAGGGGAAGGGUGCGGCCUGCAGGGGACACAGUGCUGCCACUGUGGUGAAGAAUGGAAUUGCAAAGCCUGCAUUCCACAAUUCCUAUAGUUCACAGACCUCCCAGUACAGACAUUGGAGGGUCUUUGGGCUCCAGUUAGAGGUGAGGUGAACUGUGAGUCUCAUGUGACAGCAUCACCUAGCCCCUAGACCUACUUUUUAGACUGAAUAAAAGUUGUGCGGUCAGCAAAAGCCGGGACUGUUUCGAAGUGUGACCUGGGACUGUGGUGACUACAUCCUGGGCUCCCAUGUUCUAGUAACACCCUGCUCAUUUGCCAGUUUUCCUCAGCUCUUGCAAGACAUCCCAGAAAAACAACAACAACAACAACAAAACAAAAACAAACAAACAGAAAACCACAAAAACAACUGCUCAGAACAAGCCCUCCCUGAGCACUUGGUCCCCUAGCGUAGAUAUGUCUGAACAUUCAAUCCAACUUCACUUCUCCCAUUAAAAAUGUCUAAGAGUUGUCACCCUCAUCUGUGAGUCCUGCAGUGGAAUCCUCAACAAUUCAGAAGUUCUGUAUUCUCAGCAAGGUUGUUCUAGCUGAUGAUGCCUACAACCUCUUGCUGUGUGCAGCACACAGUGAAACCUUGGAACUAUUAUGACUGUGAUUCAUAAUUCCUGAUGAGUCUGUAUCCUGAAGGCCAAGAGCAGAUCCUGGGAGAGGUAUAUGUGAUCCCGGAUGAUUAAACUUGGCUGUUGGGAGAAUACCUGCAGAGCUGCAGCUGAUUUGACUUCAGAGUGUCAGCACCCAGUCUUAAUCUGACUUUUGUGAUUCCUACCUUUUUUCCCUGGGUACCCUCAAUGUGAAUCUUCUCUGAGAGUCUUCUGAAGGUGCAAAGCCUAUGCAAAUUUGGUUCAAGAAGAACUCAGAACACAGCAGGUAUUCUUCAGUCGAGAAUUAGCAUUUGGCAUUGUCCCUUUGGGAAGCUUGGAUGACAGGUGUUGGAAUAUGAAGAUUAACUUGCUAAAAGAGUGUCAACUGGAGAACAAUAAAAGAGCCCUUUGCUAAGCUACAACAGACCAGUCCAUAGAGGUGGAUCACCCCCUGCAGCCUGCAGCUGUGAAAGACAUAAGGUGCCUCUGUCUCUUGAUUCCAUGGACCCUAGUGAACACCCAUACCCAAUAUACAACACUUGACAUCUAACUUAAUUGGAGCUGGAAUUGAAUAAGAGAUUCCUGCGGGCAAUUCUGCAAAUGCUUUGCUUUUUUGUUUGUUUGUUUGUAUGAGACAGGGUUUCUUUGUGUAGU